GGGACAGAUGCGGGGCAGAGGGAGAUCACGCAAGAACCGACAACAGUGCCAUCAUCGAUCGCUAACAUAAAAGCCGAUGUGCACCCGAACCCAUAUCAAAUUUCUUUCUUUCUUAAACCAACUUUCAUACAGAUAACCCUUGGACUGAAUUCAGUAUCAGGAUAUUGAGUUUAGAUAUUUAUUCAGUGCAGAGUAUUUAACAAAGGUUAAUGUACCCAUCCUUGAACAAAAUGGAUCGACCCGAGGCUGAUCAUUGUGCUCUCAGCACGCAUCAUGCGCUCGCUCUGGCUUACUGCGCUGCUGCCCCUGGCAGCUGCCGACUGGCAAUUCAAGUCGCGUCCUGAUCUGGCGCCUCCUAGAUUGAACAUCACUAUUCCGGCAGCGCCAGAUGUUGAAAAAGGAUAUCUCUUUGUUGCUCCCUUUGCAGGCUUCCCGGAUGAUGCCGGGGAAAUGCAUGGUCCUCGUCAGGCAGCUCCCUACAUCUUUCGCGAUGACGGAGAGUUGGUUUGGUCGGGCUACGGCUAUUACUCUAUCUGGGCGACGAACUUCCAGAAGGCACGCUGGAAAGGCAAAGACAUUCUCUUUAGUUUUGAGGGAGACCACAAUGCGGGCUACGGUCAUGGUCAUGGCCAUACUACUAUCUUGGACCAGCAUUACGAGACUAUUCGUGAGCUGCGCGCCGGAAACCACAAAUUGACUGAUAAGCAUGAAUUUCAUAUCAUCAAUGAGGAAACUGCUCUCAUUCAAAUUUACCAGCCUGUCCCGAAGGAUCUCACUCAAUGGGGAGCGAGCCCUGAACAACAAUGGAUUGUGAAUGCUAUCAUCCAAGAGCUCGAUAUAGAAACCGGGGAACUUCUCUUCGAGUGGUCUAGUUUGGACCAUGUGCUACCUGACGAGGCCAUCCUACCCAUCAACCCUGGUCAAGCCGGCUCCGGUUACAACUCAUCCGACGCGUGGGAUUACUUCCACAUCAACUCCGUCGACAAAGAUUCCGAGGGUAAUUAUCUCAUUUCUGCUCGUGAUGCCUGCGCAGUCCACAAGAUCAACGGCACCACCGGUGAAAUUAUCUGGCGCCUGGGCGGCGUCAAGUCCGACUUCGAGCUUGGGCUCAACGUCAAGUUCUGCUUCCAGCAUCACGCGCGCUAUGUCUCCAGGAAUGGUGUUAAAGAGGUUAUCUCGCUCUAUGACAACUCCGCACAUGGGACUGAGAACGGACGUGGUCGUGAAGUACACACCCAUCCCUUCUCCCAGGGUAAAAUCAUCGAAGUCGACACGGCUACGUGGAAGGCCUCGAUUGUCCAAGCAUUCCAGCCUCCGGACGGCCUCCUAUCAAAAUCUCAGGGGAGUACCCAACUCCUUCCCAACGGCAACGUGCUCGUUAAUUGGGGCUCCGAGGGAGCCCUAACUGAGUUUCGUCCUGAUGGUACCCCUAUCUUUCACACAUACAUGGACUCUGGGGUCUUGGGUUUGGGCGUUGAGAACUACCGAGGCUUCCGGUAUAACUGGACUGGUCUUCCCAAUGAGACGCCUGCCAUUGUUUCCCUCGAGAAUGAUCAAGGCACUACUGUGUACGUUUCUUGGAACGGAGAUACCGAGACCAAAGUCUGGCGAUUUUACCAAGUUACAGAUGAUUAUGGCUCCCGACAGUAUCUUGGUGAGACCAAACGCACUGGUUUCGAGACUGCCUUUUCCCUCAAAUCCGGCAAUGUCCAUACGGUGUCUGCUGAAGCUAUCGCUGCUAACGGUCGUGUCCUGACUUCCACUGGUAUUGUAAAGACACAGGUUGCGAUCUUGCCUCCAGCCAAAACAACGGAGGCCUCCUCAUCCGUUUCGGUCUUGGACAAGAUGCAGCCUCAGGUCUACUUGGGUCAGAAGAGCCGCUGGGAGGAUUAUAUGAUCCUGAAGGUCGAUCGCUUCCAUCUGGAUUAAAACAGUCGCGCCACAACGUUCCCUUGGGUUACUCUUCGGGAACAUGAUUUUUUCAUCGGCCAAACAUCGUAGUCCUUGCUGUCCGAUAAAGGCAUAUUUAUGCUUCCAGUACCUAGUCGCUAUCUCAUAGGUAUAGAAAACAGUUUUGGCUAUUUACCA